UCCGGUCUUGUAACGGAAACGACGACAUAGAUUCACGGUGUGUUUACGAACGGCGGCUACGACGGCUCGUUGGACAAAUACAGUUUUCGUCACUAUCGUGUUAAAUGCGUUUAAUCCAAAGAGCAGAGUGAAUUAAAUUACAGAUGGCGGAUCCCGCGGUGGCGUCGGGAGGUUCACUGAAUGCAGGAGGGCGUGGGAGUGGUAGUAAAGCAGCUACCAGCCCUGCAGAGAACUACCACCUGGCCCGACGUCGCACCCUGCAGGUUGUUGUCAGUGCCCUCUUGACAGAGAGUGGCUUCGAGAGCGCGGAGAAGGCAGCAGUGGAGACACUCACUGAGAUGAUGCAGAGCUAUAUAACUGAAAUAGGUCGAUGUGCUAAAGCUUAUUGUGAACACACAGCCAGAAGCAUCCCAACCCUGUCGGAUACAGUGGUCACACUCAUUGAAAUGGGUUUCAAUGCCGACACUCUGCCUGUGUAUGCCAAGAGGUCACAGAGGAUGGUUAUAACAGCCCCCCCAGUGACGAACCCACCCGUGACUCCUAAAGCACUGUCAGCGGGACAGAAGCGCACGCAUCCAGCUCAUAUCCCCAGCCACUUCCCAGAGUUCCCCGACCCUCACACCUACAUCAAAACACCCGCGUUCAGAGAGCCUGUGUCUGACUACCAAGUGGUGAGAGAGAAGGCAGCGAGUCAGAGGAGAGACGUGGAGCGAGCGCUCACACGCUUCAUGGCCAAGACCGGAGAAACUCAGAGCCUCUUCAAAGACGACGUCACCGCCUUCCCAUUAAUCGCAGCACAACCAAGCUCCAUCCCGUAUCUCAGCGCCCUCCUGCCCUCAGAGCUGGAACUACAGACCUUAGAGGAGACAGACUCCUCUGAGCAGGACGACCAGACGGACAGUGAGAACACAGCAGGAAACAUCAUCAAUGAUGAUCCCGGGGCUGACAAAGAGAACUCCAUGCUUCCUCCCAGCGGCGUUGUUCCUUCUACAAAGGCUAGUGAGGACAAUGUGAUCGACAACCCGUACCUUCGGCCAGUUAAGAAACCCAAAGUGAGGAGGAAGAAAUGAGUCAGAGCCCACCCUGAACCUACAGACUCAUAUUUGCCACAGUGGUUGGUGCUUUCAGCGGUCCAGUCAGUGACUCCCCCCCCACAGAGAGGAGCAGCCCGGUGUUGAGACCUGCUGUGUGAGCCGGGACCAUCGGAUGCUGUUGGCUUUUUGUAGGCUGACUGCCUUCUGUUGAAGAGAGAACUGCAUUUUGUUGUGUUAAUUGUCAUUUUUUCAGCAAGCACUCACUUUGUUAAAAAUUUGUGAUAUUACUUUGUAAGCAACAUCAUGGUGUGACAUACAGAUCAUACAGGAAUCCAGUCAUUUGUGAAUAAAGAGAACUGUUCCUUUU